GACGCGACCAUGGCCGACACAAUGGAUCUCGACGAGCUGGUCAACGACCCGUCGUACGUCCUCGGCGCUUCCGAGCGCGCCAAAGCAGAGAACAAGGCCAUCCUCGAUGAACUCGAGAGGAAAAAGCGCGCGCGUACGCUGGCGGUGCCUACGGAUGACGGCCGAGUGCGUGCUAGGCUGCGGGAGUUGGGCGAACCGAUCACCCUUUUUGGAGAGAGAGCAGCGGAUAGACGAGAUCGAUUGAAGUAUAUUCUUUCCCAAUUGGGUGUUGAGCGGGGGAUACCAGUCGAGGAUGAAGAGAGCUCAGAAGAGGAACAAGAGGAAGAGUUCUACACUCCCGGCCCGCUGGAGCUACUAGACGCACGGCGAAAAUUGGCUCAGUUCUCUCUACCACGGGCGAUGGACCGCGUGAAUUACCAGCGCGCCGAGUCCUCCCUCCCACUAAGUCGAAUAGUCGACAAGCGGAAAAAAGUUUUUGCAGAAGUCAAGACGUUCAACAUCCUUGGAACGCAAGUCGCCGAUGACCGACCAAUUUCCCAAGUCCGCUUUUCGCCUGAUAGCAAGCUGCUCGCUACUGGUAGUUGGUCAGGCUCUGUCAAAGUCUGGGGUAUCCCGAACUGCGAUUCAAAGCUGACGUUCCGAGCACACAGCGACAAGGUUGGCGGCGUAGCGUGGCACCCGAGAGCAACGAUUGGCCAGGAAGCCGCUGCGGUGAACCUCGUUUCCGGAGGCGGGGAGGGCGACCUCCAUCUCUGGUCUCUCGCGAACGAGCAGUCCCUCGCAACUCUGAAAGGGCACCAAGACCGCGUCUGCCGAGUCGCCUUUCACCCUUGUGGCGACUACGUCGGCAGUGCCAGCUAUGACGGGACGUGGCGUCUGUGGGACGUCUCUACUGCCAAAGAGAUCCUCGUACAAGAAGGGCAUAGCAAGGAAGUCUACACCCUCGAGUUCCAAGAUGAUGGUUCCCUUGCCGCUUCAGGAGGGCUGGACGCUAUCGCCCGCGUAUGGGAUCUGCGCACGGGGCGCACAGCAAUGGUACUCGAUGGCCACGUACAGGGCAUAUACGGCAUCGAUUUCUCGCCCAACGGAUACCAGCUCGCAACCGCCUCUGGUGACGACACGAUCCGAAUCUGGGACGUACGGGCACUCCGCGCGCUGCAUACUAUCCCAGCACACAAAAGCACCGUUGCUGAUGUGAGGUUCUUCAAAGCACCUGUGAGAUUCGAGCCUCUCGCCGAGGGGCUGACGGAGCCCCUCCCGAGUGGACUGUAUCUCGCUUCGGCGGGGUAUGACGGGUUUGUCAAAAUUUGGACCGCGGAUGAUUGGCAGUUGCUUAGGAGCUUACCGACGGAUGCCGGGAAGGUCAUGAGCUGCGACUUCACGAAGGAUGGCAAGUUUUUGGCGAGCGGGUCGUGGAAUAGGAGUUUCCAACUGUUUGCGACCGAGAAGGCGUUGGAUGAGAUGUGA